UUAUCCACGACAAGAUAAAUGGAUAGUGUUGCAUUGUUUCUCUUUCUCUUUUUCUCUCCCAUAGACCAAACAAAAACAUAAUAAACACAAAACAAAAACCUAUUCGGUACUAAUCCCCAACCUUAAAACCUCACAAUUUCAUGUCUCGGAUCUUGUAAUUCGGAUCCUCAAAACCCGAUAAACCUUCCCCUCGUUCGAUCCGGUUCAGAAAACCAUGACACGCCGCUGUUCCCAUUGCAGCCACAAUGGGCACAACUCAAGAACGUGUCCCAACCGUGGUGUUAAGCUCUUCGGGGUUCGAUUAACCGAUGGGAUCCGAAAGAGUGUUAGUAUGGGUAAUCUUAGUCAUUAUACUGGUUCCGGGUCUGGAUCCCUUCAUACCGGGUUAAAUAACCUCGAUUCACCCGGUGAAACGCCUGAUCACGCCGCCGUUGCUGACGGUUACGCCUCUGAGGAUUUUGUUCCUGGCUCUUCUUCGACUUCCCGUGAAAGGAAAAAGGGCACUCCCUGGACUGAGGAGGAACAUAGAAUGUUUUUACUUGGAUUGCAGAAGCUUGGCAAAGGUGACUGGCGUGGAAUUGCUAGGAACUAUGUUAUAUCAAGGACACCUACUCAGGUGGCCAGUCAUGCUCAGAAAUAUUUCAUCAGGCAAAGCAAUGUGUCUAGGAGGAAAAGACGGUCCAGCUUAUUCGAUAUUGUUCAAGAUGAUGCAGCUGACACUUCAAUGGUACCACAAGACUUCAUGUCAGCUAAUCCGCUUCAGACUGAAACAGAAGGCAAUAACCCUUUGCCUGCUCCUCCCCCACUCGAUGAAGAAUGCGAAUCCAUGGAUUCCACAAAUUCAAAUGACGGAGAAUCUGCCUCUAUCCCAUUAUUAAAGCCUGAUAGCAAUCCACUGCCAUCAUCAUAUCCGGUAGUAUAUCCAGCAUAUUAUUCUCCAUUCUUCCCAUUUCCUCUUCCCUAUUGGUCUGGAUACAGUCCUGAGCCCGCUCCUAAGAACGAGACACAUGAAGUGGUGAAGCCAACCGCAGUACAUUCCAAGGCCCCGAUCAAUGUCGAUGAACUCGUUGGCAUGUCAAAACUGAGUUUAGGAGAGACUAUUGGCGACGCCGGCCCCUCGACUCUGUCUCGCAAACUACUCGAAGAAGGACCUUCUAGACAGUCGGCUUUUCAUGCAACACCAGCUUGUGGGACUGUUCUGUGAGCAUUAUUAUCAUGUGGUCUUCUGUGUAAUUCCUCAAAUAUAUGUGGUUGUGGAAUAACCUUAAUAAUUUUUAUUUGUCCUUUCAGAAUAUGGUUAACCUAGUUUGUUUGUUUGCUAGUAGACAGUAGCAUCUAGGAAUUACUUGGGUUUAAAUUAUAACUUCAUGUUUGUUUAGUAGUUUUCAUUUCUCAGGGUUAUGUAAAAUUGUGCAGUUUGACAAUCUACCAAGGUUUGCGACAUGCUAAAAUUUUGUCAUCUGGAACAGGAUUGUUUUUUUU